AUAGGCCCAGGUCCAGGAUGAACUCCUACUUAGACUACCCCGUGUGCAACCGGGGAGCAAACAUUUUCAGUGCCAAGGCCGGAUACCACAAUUUGAACCAUGGAUACAUGUCGUCCAACUCGUGCGCAACAAGUGAUAGUUACGCACCGGACGGGCGAUUAGUGAAUGCAACUUCUGCGCCACACCAGACGCCGAGCCUCCCUCUGCACCACCAGUCCCACGUCAACAUGGAUCUGCAGUUUACAACACCGGGGAACUCUAUGUAUGGGUCACCUCUGGAGUACGGACACCACCAGUACGGCCUCGCACCCGAGCAGGACCGGAGCUUCAUUCAAGUUUCACCUCUUGGAACAAACAUGGCUCCCUACACCGGGGACAGUUGUGGGCCUGGAGUUGCAGCGGGCAGCCAGUAUCUACAUUUUGGCAACGGGGAUCAGAGGCUGCAAGAAUAUUCAGAGAGUGCUUACACAAGGUUACCGGCCCAAAGCAAGGAAAAGGAUUUGGAUAAUGUGGAGGAAACUUCUAAAACAUUCGACUGGAUGAAAGUGAAAAGAAAUCCCCCUAAAACAGCUGUCCUGUCGGAGUUCGGGGUUCCCGGCCAGCACAACGUGAUUCGCACCAACUUCACCACUAAGCAGCUAACCGAGCUGGAGAAAGAGUUCCACUUCAACAAAUACUUGACGAGGGCACGGAGGGUGGAGGUCGCUGCCAGUCUGGAGCUCAACGAGACGCAGGUGAAAAUCUGGUUUCAGAACCGCAGGAUGAAGCAGAAGAAACGCGAGAAACUGGGCUGCGUUUUGGUUAACACUCCGGCUCCAGUGGAGAAACUCUCGGGCCCUGACACCUCUCCAAAGUCAAAGGGGAAAGACUGUGAACCAUGAUGUGACUGUGAAAAUAUUACUGUGUGGGCCUGAGCAGUUUUCCACUUCUUUGCUUAGUCGCACCAUUCCAUAAAAACUGUGAAAAAUGCACGUGGACCAUGUGAGGUAAACAGGGUAUGUCUGUGUAUGUGCUUAUGGUGCAUUGAUGUCUGAAUUGGAUUCUGAGAAACUUUUUAAAAUGUCCCUUUAUCCGUUCUUGUAUUUGCAACCUUCCUUUCAUAAGCCCAUGCUAUGUUUUGUGUUGGGGCACUGAAGUACUCAGUGUCAUUAUUUGCACUAUUUAUUUACAGGGUAUUUUUCAAACAACUGCUGAGAUAAUUUAGCUUAAUAAAGUUUGUAAAACUAAAAAAA